AUGGCGGACUCCUCAUCCUCCAGCGCUAAGGGUGGAAGUAGGACGCGCCGCGCGUGGACUGUGUCUGCUGAUACCGAUAUGAUGGAGAACUCUAGUCGGAGCAUUACCCGAUCAUCGAUUGAUUCGAAUACAGAGCGCCCCAAAACACAAGCAGGGGAAACCUCGGAUUCCUCCAAGACGGCCCCGACUGGCUUCUCCAAACUUCUUAAGUCGCGGCGGGCACGCAAGAAAAAGAACCAGAAAGAUUCGGAUGACGUGCCACCUGUACCUGAUCUAGUUUUGGACCAGGAGCUGGAAGAAUUUCCCUCGAGCGAGCCUCACGAUGGCAUGUUCGCGAAAAAUAACUCCAUACCCCAGGAGGGCGAAGUGGUUAAUCUGUUGACUGAUGACUCCGAACCUGAUAGAACCCCACCCCUCACAUCUCACAACUCGCACACCGGCUUCGUUACAUCCUCUUCCCCACUCAUCAAAACAACGUCCGUUGAUACCAACGAAACAGAAGGUGGUGUUCUGGCAGAUGUGGAAUCUGCCAUCAGCGGUGGGUCAGAUUCGAUCCAAGGCGAAAAGGCCUCAAGGCUAUCUCAGUCAACAAUGACGCUGGAUGUCCCAAAUGAUUCAAGUGGAAAGCGACGCAGCCCUUCUCCUGGCAGACGCCUGAAGGGUGCUUUCUCUUCAGAUAAUAAGAAAGAUACUGUUGAAGAAGAUCACUCGUCAAAGUCCGAUGGUAGUAAAAGCGGAAGGAGCCUAUUUGGAAGUCGAAGGAGCAGUCUAUCAGCAAAGCGGGCGCAGACAACCCCAGAUCAGCCACCCCCAAUACCAGCUCCUAUCCGCACGGAUCUGACAGAUGACAAACCUCGUUCGUUACAAGCGAGUCCCUUACCAAACACUCCUCCCCAUACUGCCACCAAAGCACCGGCCACCACAGUGACCCCUCCGACCCCUACAGAACACCGGCCUCGAAUUAUUACGGAACAGAUAAUGGACUCACUGGACUCAAUUCCAUCUCGCAAUUCAAUUUCCUCGCCGGAAAUCACAAUAAGCCCGUCUGGUAAUAUGAUCUCACAUCGACGGGUUCGCUCUGCCUCGACAGUUCAUGUUCCUAGCAAGCUGUCUAGUAAUGUCACCGCAAUGAGUCCAUUGGAGGAGUCAAAAUCGCCAAAGAGUGCUGCCAGUCAACAAAGUGGCUUCUUUUCAUCUGUCUUCUCUGUCGCCCAGAACGCUGCAUCUUCUAUAAGUAACACUCUCAAUGCUCAACAACGAAACCGUGCCUCCUCCCAGUCUACUGGUACCGAAAUUGAACAAUCAAAUGGUGAAGAUGACCUUAUAGAAAAAGAAAUUAUCUCAGAACAGGCCAGUAAAAGCGACGUUGGAAAGCCGUCCACCAUCGAAACCCUGGGAACGGGAGAUCUGAACUUCAGUCACUUGGAUAUCGAUGCGCCAAUCUCCACUGCAGAUGGCUUGGUAGUGACCAAACCAGAGACUCCCAUUAAAAAACGAAAUGUCACGGCUGUGCAGCAGCGGGAUGAAGAGGCUGCAAAACUUGAGGGUAAACGUGCAGCACGUGCAGUUGAUAUGGCUUACGAAAAACCAUCUGAUACAUCGGCAAUUGGCUCUCCUGGUACUGGAGAAGAUAGCAUGGACGUUCAGUCCAAUCAUUCUUUUCCCAGCCAGAAUAUGAUGGCAGGAGAUCAAACCCCUCCAACAGGAAGUAUUAUAGAUGGUGAACUUGGCAGUGACAGUUUGAGGCGAAGUGGCAGUGUGCGCAGUCGACUUGCGCGGCGUCACAGAGGCUCAUCUGGGGCCACAGCUUCAACAAUUGGUGCAAUUGGUAUGAACGCUCUCGCUCUCGGCAUUCCUACUGUAAACCCCAGUAUACCUCGCUUGACCGGCUUCGCUGUAGCAAGCAAGAAACGCAACAGGGACUUCCACCAGCUGUUUCGAAGCGUUCCUGAGGAUGAUUAUCUGAUCGAGGACUAUGGUUGUGCACUGCAACGCGAGAUCAUUCUUGCUGGACGCAUUUAUAUCUCUGAAGGACACAUCUGCUUUUCCAGCAACAUUCUUGGAUGGGUUACCACUCUUGUCAUCAGCUUCGACGAAGUCGUCGCUGUCGAAAAGGAAAAUACGGCAAUGGUAUUUCCCAAUGCCAUUGCCAUUCAGACCCUACACGCUCGUCACACCUUCAGGAGUCUGCUCAGUCGUGAAUCUACUUAUGACCUGAUGGUCAAUAUCUGGAAGAUCAACCAUCCAUCUCUUAAGAGUUCUGUCAACGGAACUCGCGUUACAAAUGGUACCGGGGACAAGACAGAAAAAGUUGGAGAAGGCGAAAGCGAGUCAGAAAGCGGUUGUUCUGACGAAGAUGAGAUUUACGAUGAGGAUGAGGAAGGGGACAAUGCCGAAAGCUUCUUCGAAGCUGGAGCUAGCGCCAAUGCCAGUGAAAAUUCCUUACCAACGCGAGGACUUACCCAGCAGAGUUCUGGUCUCUCUGGGAAUGGGACGGCACUUUCUACCGAAAAGAGCAGUAGCGGUGAUAAUAAAAAUGGUGACAAGUCGGGGGCUUCCAAGGAGAACGAUUUCCCUGGUCCCGCAACACAUGCCCCCACCGAAUAUACUGAGCCCGAUGGCCAAUACGAAAGGGUCAUCAAGGAUGAGAUAAUUCCAGCACCACUCGGAAAGGUCUACUCAUUGGUUUUUGGACCAGCAUCCGGGGAGUUCAUGACCAAAUUCCUUGUGGACAACCAGAAAUCAGGAGAAUUACAAUUUGAAAGCACUGCCAAAGGUCUGACCAGCGAGAGCCCAAUCAGGAAAUACUCCUAUAUCAAACCUCUCUAUGGAGCUAUUGGUCCAAAGCAAACCAAGUGUAUCAGCACAGAGAACCUUGAUCUUUUGGAUUUGGAGAAGGCAGUCCUCGUCACACUGAGCACUCAAACCCCCGAUGUGCCCAGCGGAAAUGUAUUUGCCGUCAAGACCAAGUAUCUUCUUACAUGGGCACCUGGAAAUGCAACUCACUUCUUGAUGACAUGUAAUAUAGAAUGGUCGGGCAAGAGUUGGCUAAAAGGCCCCAUUGAAAAGGGUGCCAUUGAUGGCCAAGGCACUUUCGGCAAUGAAUUAGUCAAAACUCUCAAGAUUGGCGUUGUUCCUCGCGGUCGUACUCCCGCGGCCGGGCGAGGCAAGGGCCGGCGCAAGAAGGGCGGUUCCGAUGAGAAUGAUGUGACUGCGACAACAUCGCUGAAUUCAUCAACAGAUACAUCCACGAGCCCAGCACAAUCUUGGGGUCUAUUUGAACCAGUCCGCCCAAUACUGGAACCUAUCACAAGUAUAUUAAAACCGCUCCUAAGUGGCAAUGUUGCUAUUGUGCUCAUAGUAUUUCUUCUAUACAUGGCAUUUUUCCGCGCACCCUCAAAUCAAUCCAUGUUAUCACACGAGAUGGGUUACCCUAGUUCAACUCUACCUCAGCGGUUAGCUGCAUAUGAGGAAAUGUGGCGUCGAGAGGAAAGCGAGCUCUGGAACUGGCUCGAAGACCGAGUGGGUAUGGACGGAAUGGUUAUUCCUACUCUGCGCCAAAUGCCCGAUCCAUCCGCCAGGCAUAAAUCUUCGCGGUUUAACGCAGCAGAUCAGCGUGAUUUUGUUGCGCAACUUCGCGAGCAGAAGGUCUCAGAUCGAGAGAUGAACCAUGCUAUCCGCACGACCCGUCAACGGCUCGACAUCCUCGAGGGGAUGAUGAACAACCGACAAGUGCAAGACGUUCCCAAUGGGGAACCAACUCAUUCUGAUCUAUGA